GAGCAAAGGAAUAUAACUGUUAUGCCUUGAAGUCUAAAUUAGUACUUCUCUUCUUUUUUUGGCUUUAAUAUUACAUAUGAAAGCUUGGACACGUAAAAUAAACCUAAAAGGCGAACAAGACAGGGCAACACCACCUCAUCUUCUCAUCUUACUUAAUUUACUACACAUAUAAGUUCUACAUUUACUCCAAUUUACAGUGUUCUGAGUUCUUUUUAACUUAUUUAAGAUACAGAACAAAAAAUCACUAUGAAUUGGAAAAUAUUCUUACAGGAAGGAAAUUUCUAACUUUUGUCCUUGGAACUCUGACUUGUAGGGAAACAUUUUUCUUUUUAAUUUUGGAUAGCAACAUUUACAGUUCUUGUGGUAAAUUAAAUAAAAACAGAAUUGUAGAUAUGACUUAAGCAAAAAAAAGGAGAAAAAUUCACAUUAUGCAGCCUGUCUCUUUUGUCACUAUCCCGUUUUUGUUUGUAAAAACAGAAAAGAAUCACAUAAAAAUAAAUAAAAGCCAGAGAGACAAACCAUAACAAUUGUAGUAUUAUGAGAAACUGAAGAUCAACAUUACAAUAAGUUGAGUCAAUGAAUCUUGGUAUUAAAGUACAAAGUAGAAUUAAGUAGCCUCCUUUCUAAAUGUUUUAUUCUUAUUCAUAUAUUGUUUCAUAUAUUUUCCCCAUGUAUUCCAGUGCUUGGAAAUAAGUUUAUAUUUAAAUUUCUUUCAAUUCACACAAGCUUGGCAUUUUAGCCUCUACGCAUAAAUAGAACAAAUACACAUCCUACAACUAAUCGUGCACUAAGAAUUAUAUUUUGUUGUUUUUUAUGACAAAAACAACAUAAAACAGUUCUAAAAAUUGGAGGGUAGAUGAUAGAAAGGGUUUGUGAACUAUUGUUUAAAAGAGCUUUUGGGUAAUGGACAUUUCAUAACAUCUGGCCUGAAGCAGUCACUAACCCUUUAGAACAAUCCUGAUAUCCUGAUUUCCUCCAGUGAUCAAUCAGGGGUCUUGUGACUGCUUCACUACUCCCCUCUGAUUGGGAAUACUUAGUCUUCUGAUUCGGCUUUGGUCCAGUAAAAAAAGAGGACAGAUAAGAUAAAGGCAGGUAUUGCACAUUCUCCUCGAUGCAUGCAUGUUGGAACAUUUGCUUCAGGAACAAAAAUAGAAAUCCUGACUGACUCUGCAGGUAUCAUCUGUCUUUUUUGGUGGCACUAGUGUUCGACUUUCUCCAGGUUCUUGCUUUUAUAUGAAAAUCUUCAAGACACAGAGGAGGACUUUUGCUUCCACAACAAAAAUGUCUGUUUUCUUUGAGCUUCUGAUGCUGAUGCUGGUGGUAACCCCCAGUGGAGCUUUGCAGCACAUCAAAUUCCCAGACAUUAAAAGAGAUGACAGAAAUAUUUUCUUAACCAUGGCGUGGCAAGUGGCCAACCACCUGCGCCCGAACUCCAGCUGCUACGUCUGCGGCCUGAUUCCCUACACAGCUGGCGAGGGUUUACCUCUCAUGGUCCUGCCCGCCUCGGACUGCGACACGUGCCACCUGAUGCAUGUUCACCUGCCCAGUUCCUAUUCUCACCCCGACUGCCCAAGUUUGAAAAUGAGACCGCUUGACUGUGCGAAAGAACAUGGAAACUGCAACAGAUGUCUCCAAACCCCCAAACCAGUUCCCAUCCUUGUCCUCCCUCAGAAGUUCACUUGGUGUUUGGAGAACAAUGGCCACAUUCCAGUGGGACAAUCGGACUGCCUUCGCACGUUUAAGUGGGGCUCAGGACAGAGGGAAACUGACUGGAAAGCUUUUAACGCCGCCCCCCAUCAGUGUCUGGGUGCAGCAGGAGCGACUCGCAUGAAUGCUUUAGCCUACCGCACAGCCACCUGCUCCAUCUCCUCUCCUGUUGGCAUGUACUGGGUGUGUGGGACCCUCGCUUACCCCUAUCUUCCGGUGGACUACAAUGGACGCUGCGGGUUGGGAUACGUGGUCCCAGCAAUGAGGGUGACGCGCUACAUGCCGCAGAAAACUUUUCUCAAGCGACCACGACGUGGAAUUUCCGAUUUUCUCGGAACACACAAUCAGUCGCCUUUUAAAAAUGCACUUGGCACACUUCUCCCUUUUUACGGAGUCAUGUCUUCUUUAGAUCAGAUUGCUGAUCUGUCCAAGGCUAUAGAAGUGAUAGCUAAUGAAACUGGUAAGGCCCUCAUACUCAUGUCGAAUGAGCUCGCAUCUGUAAGACUUCUGGCUUUACAAAACCGAGCCGCCCUAGACUUUCUUUUAGCUGCCCAGGGAGGAACUUGUGCCAUCAUCGGAUCUGAAUGCUGCACUUUUGUUCCUGAUUACAACAUCACAAUCCAUGAAAUAGUCAACCACCUUCAAGAAACAGCAAAAUCCGUCCAUCAGGAUGGAAGCUCGAUGUUUGACUUUUUAAAACAAGCCUUAAAAUCCCUCAGCCAUAAUGCCAUUCAGAUACUUCUUGUUGUGGUUGCUUGUAUUGUCGUGUUGUCGCUCUUUGUGUCAUGUAUGAAAAAAUUCUUGUGCGUUUAAAGGAAAAGCAUAAUAAAAUUCUCACUGUCUUGUGAAACAAA